GGGUACGGUACUCAUAUUUCUCUCCCUCCCUCACCCCGAUCGCCGUCUCUGGUGGCCUGACUGGUUCUGCUAAAGAGCGAAACCCUAUAUUCCACCAUUUCCGUAAGAGCAAGAGAUGCUUCGUGUUGCAGGGAGGAAGAUUUUCUCUCUCUCGCAGAGAUCUUCGACGGCGUCGUCAUUCGCACUUUCCCGAAACCUUCCCGUCUUCGAUGGCUGUGACUCCUUCUCCGUCAGCAGAUCCGAAUCUUCUCCGGAUCCCUUUUGUUUUCAUUCCGACCUUCGUAGCCUUAUAAGAGGGUUCUCUUCUCAAGCUUUCAACCAAGGAAACGAGGUAGGUUUCAUUUCUGAAGUCCCCGCAACCGUUGAAGCUGUCAAAACUCCUAAUUCAAAGAUUGUCUAUGACGAGCACAAUCACGAGCGUUACCCGCCGGGCGACCCGAGCAAGCGUGCUUUUGCUUACUUCGUCUUGUCGGGCGGGAGAUUCGUGUAUGCAUCCGUGAUCCGCCUUCUUGUCCUCAAGCUAGUCCUCAGCAUGUCAGCCAGUAAAGACGUCCUGGCUCUUGCGUCCCUCGAGGUCGAUCUCUCGAGCAUUGAACCUGGAACCACCGUGACGGUCAAGUGGAGAGGGAAACCCGUCUUCAUCAGGAGAAGAACAGAAGACGACAUCAAUCUUGCCAAUAGCGUGGAUCUGGCAUCUCUUAGGGACCCGCAAGAAGACGCGGCUAGGGUUAAGAAUCCAGAAUGGUUAGUCGUGGUCGGAGUCUGCACCCACUUGGGAUGCAUCCCCUUACCGAACGCCGGUGACUAUGGCGGUUGGUUCUGCCCGUGUCACGGCUCGCACUACGAUAUCUCGGGCAGAAUCCGAAAGGGUCCUGCCCCGUUCAACCUGGAAGUUCCGACUUACAGCUUCUUGGAAGAGAACAAGUUACUCAUCGGUUGAGGGUUCUGAAAUUUAGGACACAGCUUUUCGGCCGGGACAACUUCUUAAGGUGAAUCUGUUCUGUUUUUUUAUGGUGAUGGAGACAAAGAUUGUCUUUGUUUUUACUGAAAUAAUGUAAUAAUACAAACUCUCUGCUUAUUUGUUGAACAGAUCCAUUGUUUUUUUGUUUCA